UUUACAGCUGUAUCCGGAAAGCUAUCAUCGAUUCUCGAAAUACAAAUCAGAUCUUGUUAUUGGCAUUGAAUUCAUUUUGUUGUGUGGCCAUGAAGUAGAGCUCACGAUGGCGAACACUGGGGUUGCCGUUGUGUUGGGAGCGCAAUGGGGAGACGAAGGGAAAGGAAAGAUUGUGGACAUGCUGGCAGAGAAGGCGAUCGCUGUUUGCAGAUGCCAGGGAGGAAACAACGCCGGUCACACUGUGAUCAUUGGUGAGAACAAUUUCGAUUUUCAUCUAUUGCCAAGUGGGAUCGUGCAUGAGAACUGUACAUCUAUCAUUGGAAAUGGAGUCGUUGUGCACGUUCCGGGUUUAUUUGCGGAGAUCGAGCAAAAUGAAAAGAAAGGCCUUGUUGGCUGGGAGAAGCGACUUCUCGUUUCCAGUCGAGCCCACCUAGUAUUUGACUUUCAUCAGUCUAUGGACGGCCUCCAAGAAGCAGAGAAGGGCAAGGGUAGCAUCGGCACUACUAAGAAAGGAAUUGGCCCAUGCUAUGCAUCCAAGGCCAAUCGCACUGGAGUCAGAGUAGGAGACCUGGUUGGUGACUAUCAGCAUUUUACCACAAUGCUCCGCCGCCUCUUUGAUUGCUCUGUGAAGCGAUUUCCGCAGCUGGAAGAGAUGGUCGAUAUUGAGAAAGAAAUUGAAUUGUAUAAGGAAUAUGCGGAGAGACUACGCCCGCUAGUCUGUGAUACUGUGGUGGCAGUUCAUGAGUUGAUCCAGCAGAAGAGUGGCCUGGUCAUCGUGGAAGGCGCUAACGCAGCCAUGUUGGACAUCGAUUUCGGCACAUAUCCGUACGUCACGUCAUCAAACUGCACUGUCGGGGCAGUGUGCACUGGUUUGGGCGUCCCCCCUCGGCUCGUGCAGCAAGUGCAUGGAGUUACAAAGGCGUACACAACACGUGUCGGUGGCGGUGCAUUCCCCACGGAGCUGGAGAACGACAUUGGCCAACUGCUGCGGGACAGGGGCCAUGAGUACGGCGUAACGACAGGCAGACCGCGUCGCUGUGGCUGGUUGGACAUUGUGGCGUUGCGGUACAGUGCAAUGGUGAAUGGUUACACAUCGCUGGCUGUCACCAAGCUGGACAUUUUGGAUGUGUUUGACGAGAUCAAAAUCGGUGUGAAGUAUACCGGACCUGAUGGCAACGAGAUGCGUGGAGUGCCGUCCGAGCAGUGCGUUCUGGAGAGAGUUACAGUUGAGUAUAUCACCUUGCCUGGCUGGAAGGAGAGCAUCAGUGCGUGCACGACGUUUGACUCGCUACCUGUGAAUGCUCAAGCGUACGUUCGAAAACUGGAAGCGCUGGCUGGCGUGCCCGUGCAGUGGAUAGGCGUGGGAGCUGAGCGCUCCUCUACCAUUCAGCUCUUCUAGGUCGUUUCUUUGGGAUAAGUAUGCCAGCUGCUGCCAAGUCAGGCGUCAUCAGUCGCAGAGCUGGCUCUGACGCGUGACAGCUUGCUGCACAUGUGGUUGCGUGGGCACAGUUACAAUUAUAUUAUGUACAUGUAUGAGAUUCUUACCGUUAUUGGUCAUUCAGCACCCUGAUUUGACGGGCACUAUGAGUAUGAACAGAGAUUUUUUUUCAAGUUCUGUAACGAGUAUGUCACGAGUGGUGCAACUGGUUGCUGCACCCCCGUGAGACCGGUGCAGUGUGGUCUGGGUCACUGGAGAUUCCGGUGCGUUUGACGUGUUUACCCCAGUUACACUCGUGACGUACUCGUUCCGCAGUUCGCUAGACCUUGACUGGAAACUCACAACACACUCGUGCAUCAAUGUUGAUAUGUCAUUGUAAAGCAA